AUGAGCAGGGCUUUGCUACGAGGGGCCGCAUGCCAAUCAUGUCGCUAUGAGAUUAUCCGAUCAUUCCUUGCCGUCUCCGGUGUGCCGAUUCCCCGGUUUACUCCGGCUAUUCGUUCCAGCUUUCCCUCCAGAGGUUUCUCCGUGGUAGGCUCUUUGCGCUCUGAUCGGCCCCCUGUCUCGAAUCCGCCAGAUAUCAAUUUGUCACCUGUGGAAGAGAAAGAUGUUGAAACGAAACCAACUGCUCAAGCUACAUCGCGUGUUCCGUGGUAUUUGCAGGAGGAGGCACAAACCAUCGAGGAGCGCCCCAUACCAGGCGAUCAUAUCCCCGAAAUUCCUGAAAAUUCGCCCGAAAUGCUUCCGGUUCUUCUCGAGUACACAUACAAAGAUCUUGGUUUGGACCAGUUGAAGCUAUUUGACCUGCGAGGCCUCGAGGUUCCCGCGGCAUUGGGUGCCAAUGUGAUCAUGAUUGUCGGAACGGCACGCAGUGUGAAGCAUCUAAACGUCUCCGCUGAUCGUCUCUGUCGAUGGCUCCGAAGCAAAUACAAGCUUUCUCCGUACGCCGAUGGGUUGCUGGGACGUAAUGAGUUGAAGAUCAAACUCCGUCGCAAGGCUAAGCGGGCGCGUGCGGCCAGCCAUGCCGGCCGCAUGAUCGACGAGAAGGACGAUGGAAUUACGACAGGCUGGAUUUGUGUGAACGCCGGAGUGGUGGAUAAGAACGCGGCUCGGACGGACCUCAGCGAUGCUGGAUUUGAAGGCUUUGGACAGCUGGAACUCGGCACCAACGUCGUGGUCCAGAUUUUCACGGAAGAGAAGAGAGCUAAGCUCGACUUGGACGGCCUUUGGCAGAAGACCUUGGAACGAGCCGAACGAGAUCGACUUCGAGAAGUGCCUGAAUCAGAGCCUGGGGUAGAAUACUCCACAACCAGUCGUCCUUCCUUCGGAGGUAUUGGAAAUCCCAAUGGUCAGAGGAGGAGCAUGCACACCGUUCAGCGCACCGUGAACCCCAGCACCGGGUCUGGGAAAUCAGGACUGCUUGCCGCCUUAGCUGCAAAACCAACCACAGCAGAAGCUCCUGGUCCUGGAAUGAGCACAGAUUCCCUGCUGCGCAUGCUCAUGUCGCUCCCUCACGAGAAUGCCCGGGCCGAGCUUGGAUCUGGCCCGGAUGACUACAACUCUACCGUGUUCUUGCAGCUCCUUUACGCCAGUCUCACCGACGAUAUGUCCGCACGCGAUAUCGCGGUUCUUCGUAUGAAGUUGUACUCUAUUGCCGUUUCCCGGCAACACCCAGCAUAUAGCAAAGAUACCCUUUUCAGGGCCUUUACCGAUCUCCUUCGUGAUGGCUAUGAGCUGGAAGAUGACCUUGCUUUUGAUACCGUUGCUGCGCUGUUGGCCCCGAGGUCUGUCCAGGAUCACAAUAACCAGCCUGCCAACUAUCUUCCGCAAGAGGACAUUGAGCUCGCGCUGGAGGUUCUGGAUCGCCUCAGUCUACGUGGUGUUCCAAUCUUCAACUUCAAAGUCUUCAACAUGCUCUACCGAGUAGUUGAUACACCUAUGAACCCGCCUGCUUCGUCUCCACGAGGAGAUUUGCCUGAAUUGGAGCAGCCCGUCCUGGCUACGAGCGGUAAAGAGUGGACCAAGUCUCAGCGGCUGAUGCUGAACCGAUUGUCGAAAUUGGUUUCUGCUGCUGAAGUUGCUUUUGAUGAAGAAGAGGCACGGCAGCUGAUGGUGACCCAGUUUCGAUGUGAGGACUACAAUGGUUUCUGGCGUAUCUGGAGACAGCUUCCCUUGAAGGGCACUGGUCGUACGCAAGAUGAUUACCGCAAUCUAUUCCAAUUGCACGCAGAUCUUGGGGAAGAGGGCCGGGCACGAGACUGUCUCUCAAUGUGGGUUCCAAUGAUGGAUCGAGAGUCUCCCGCUAUUGAGCUUAAGGGUCCUAUUGUGACUUCCGUCAUGCAUUGUCUGCUGGUGGCAGACCCCGAUAUUCAGAACCGAGUCGAGGAUGGGUCUCCCAGCUUUUUCUUGGGACUGUGGCGACGAUGCCAGGAAGCGCUGGCACGGCCUAGCCUGUGA